AUGAGGAGCCGUGAGGAUUUGCUUCUAUCAGUUGUUCAAGGUGAUGAAUGUUGCCACUUUGUGAUAAAACAAAGUAUUAAUUUUUAUGUUCUACUUAUCCAUGAUUUGUUUGCUGUCUCCCCUCAGUUUUGGCUACUGCCACGAUGCUUCAGGUUAUCCAUCAAUUUGAGCCUUGCAGGGCCUUUGUGUAAGAAAGACAGCUUCUUGGUGCUCAAAAUCAGCAAGGUUGACAAAGUAUCUAUCCUUGACCAUAUAGAGUACCUAAAAGAGCUUAAGAGAAAAGUGGAAGAGUUAGAAUCUUACAAAGGA